AUAGGCAACUUGUUUAUGACUCAUACAUACAUAAAGAGGCAAUCAAUAUUGCAGAUUGCAGAGUACAACACUUAUCUGAAAAGGGUUCUAUUGUCAAAUUUGAUUACAAAUAUGGCUGGCUAUUCCGAAGAUCAACUGGCAGAGUUCCAGGAAGCAUUCCAGCUGUUCGACUCUCGGGGUGAUGGCAAGAUCCAUGUAGCACAGAUUGGGGAUGCACUGCGAGCUCUGGGGCAGAACCCCACUGAAUCUGAUGUCAAGAAAUGCACACUCCAUCUGAAGCCAGAUGAAAGAAUUUCAUUUGAAGUGUUUCUACCCAUUUACCAGGCCAUCUCGAAGGCGCGCAGCGGCGACACCGCCAACGACUUCAUCGAGGGGCUGCGCCACUUCGACAAGGACGGCAACGGCUUCAUCUCGUCCGCCGAGCUGCGCCAUCUGCUGUCCACGCUCGGCGAGAAGCUCAGCGACGACGAGGUGGAGCAGCUGCUGCAGGGCCAGGAGGACUCGCAGGGCAACAUCAACUACGAGAACUUCGUGCACCUCAUCAUGCAGGGCUGAGCGCCGCGAGCACUGCGGCCGCGCGCCGCUUAUUGCAUGUAGACUGUUUAACGAAACUUAAGAUUCCGUAUUUGUAUUCCCUUUUUUAAUGUAUUCCAAAAUUAAAAUAAUUUUAAAUAAUGUUUGUACAGAAGUUAAAAUAUAUAAAUAUUAAUAAUA